AUGCUUACCCUAAAUUCCGAUGUCUUGGCACUUAACCGUGCCGACGGUUGCAUGCACAUGGGAAGAAUUGCAGAUUUCCUGGACGACAAAAAUGCCCUUAUCCGAUUUCGGUCUUCUGCGAAGACUCAAGAAGUUCCCAGUCAUCUCUGUCUCCCUGUCAAGGGCUUCACGAUCAACCAUUCUCUUGAGCUGAAUGAUCCAGUUCUGGUUCGAAUGCAGAACAUGCAGACUGGUCUACAGUGCUGGGUUCCGGGUCACGUGGCUGACACGGCUCGAAACUCAAUGGAUCGCUGUCAAGCUCUCAAUUUGAAUUAUUCCAUUCAACUGUUCUACGGAAGCUGUAGGCUGUUCAGGAAUCGUGAUACUGUGAAAAUCUCGCCCCAACUUCAUGACGCACUUGUCAAUUACAUUAUCAACCUCAAUGUCGAUGAUCGUGGAAACUGUAAACGAGCAACCAAUGCAAAGCCAAAGCCAUCAAGAAGUACUGUGACGAAACGGAAGAAACACUCGGGUAAAUCUGUAGAGAUGGUCAGACAACCAUCUGUCUCUUCGACGCAGCUGAAGGAGAAGACAACGCAAUUUGCAAAACCACUGAUAUCACCUGCAAAUCAUGGCGACCCAAUUCGAGGCGCCUCGCAUAGACGUCUUUCCAAGUUGGACUUCUUGUCUAAAAUAUCAUCCCCGCAUUUCAAAAAGCAGCGCACCACGAUGGAGACGAAUAAAAAGGAUGAUUCUAGCCGGAACAGGCAAAAAUUUGGCCCAUUUGAGAAGAAGGGCUUGGGGGAGUUGGUUGAAAGCCCACCCCCAUCUCCAACAGAUAGGGUGUGGACGAGAGCGACUAAUUCCCUAACCAGUAGUGCCAAUCCAAGCGCUGACAACGCUGAUGAUUUUGCAGAUGGAUAUGAGGAGUUUGAUGAGUGGGAUAAGACUUAUACACCGACUUCUUCAAUCCUUGGUUUAACUGAUCCUGAGAAGGAGGCGGUCGCAGUGCAAGAAGAUGCAAGCGUUGCGGUGGAUCUACCGAAAGCCAAUUGUCGACUAACCGUGAGUGCGUCGAUAAAUAGGUCCGAAGAAUCAAGCAAAACUUGUGCGGACUCGAAAUUUGUUGAUGUUACGCUAUUUCCUGAAGGCAAGAGUGGGUCUUAUCAACAGACAGUUAACCUGACUAUUCCCCAUGGAGGUCGUCACGGGAGUGGUGGAUCUGGAGUAGUUAAAGUGGUGGAAGUACCUUUUGCGGAGAAGCAUCUUAUCAACGUGGAACAGUUUUUGAUUCAGGAGAGUGACGAGAGAUACGUAGUUACAGAUGACUGUGAGGAGAGUAGAAGCGGAGAAACCACCGCAACUGUGGAGGCGGAACCAAUCACGCCAACUCGUUCAACGGAUCAACCAGUCUGCUUGGGUGCUUCGAUGGAUUGCAUCCCAGGGGACGAACGCGUUCUGGAGAUGUCUUCUUUAAGACCCAGUAAGGCUUCAGUGAUUGAGGGGUUGAGCUCUUUGGAACCUCAUCCAGGCGUUGAGAGGUUAACAGUACAUGUGCCGGAGAGAUUUUCCACACCACUGUGUCAUGAGGCUUGUCAAAUAGAAAGUAUCCCAAAAUUCUCCGCCUCCAACUUCAUGUUAAAGUGCUUAACAGUGGAAAGAUAUUUGUUGGCUGUGGUGAAAGGGCUCGCCAGUUUUUCGGGUGAGCGAGUGGUGCUUAAAACUCUGGAAGCUGUGGAAUGCGUAAAUCACCUUCAAUUGAUUUUUGUUGAAGCUCUUGAAUUGCGUAGUUCUGUGAAGGCAAGUUUGAAUACGCACAGGGGGCGAGAAUUGUGCCUGAAAAAACGGGAAAAAGCAGAGGCUGGAAAUAACAGUUCCACUCCUCAGAAUGCGUUGGCUCAGAAAUCUAGGAUUCGUCAUCGGGAUGAAAAGAAACGGCUUCUAGGGACGGAAUUGGAUCAUUGGACUAGGCAGUGCUUGGAAAAGAUCCCGCCUCAAGAGCUUGCGGAUGGGGUUAGCAAAGGCAAACAUUCUUUUGAAGGUGACAACGACCUUGAACCCUGUGCGCCAAUCAUAGCCCAAGGCGUGAGUGAGUUGGAGCGAAGACUGCAUUCGGCUUUCCUUACACCCAGACGGCGUCGAAUUCGAGCUUUCAACUAA